UAAGAAAAAUCUUAGUCACAAUUAACUAAAAAUUUACCCACAUUAACAAAAUAAUUGCUGCAUUCUAAAUUCUAAUUUCUUACUGAUAAAGGAAGAGAAGAUUUCAGGGUUUGUUGGGUCUCUCACAUUUAAUGCACUCACUACUUGUGUCUGUCUGACUUUUUGAAUCUUCUCUUCCACAGUUCCAUGUGUAAAUAGAACCACUAAAAUCUACAGUUGAAAACUUGUGCAAGAAAAACAUAAUUUUAUAAAGCUUUGGAUUCUUCAUUUUUGGGUUUAACUCAGUCAAGAAAAUCAAGCUAAAAAGCUUUAAUUUUUGGAAGAAAUGGGAGGUAGUGGAGGCUUUAAUAUCUUGUGGGCUCAGCUCAGUCAAUGCUUUUUACCAAUCAAAAGCGUAAUGAGACAGGAUGAGAGUUAAGUAUUGGAUUUACAAGCAGAAAAUUAGUUUAAGCCUUAGAUUGCGGAAGAUGAUGAAGUGCAUUUGCUCAGGGGAACAACUGAGGAUUGAAGAUAUUAUUCCAUCAUCCGAGUCUCUUGCAACUCGGGACUAUUCAGCUAGUGGGUAUUCUUCGCGAGCCGGAGAUGACGCUAAGGCAGACACCAGUAACAUAGAAGAAGCAGAAUCAUCACUUCGUGAGAGUGGCAUUUUGAAUUAUGAGGAAGCAAGAGCAUUAUUAGGUCGGCUUGAGUAUCAAAAAGGUAACAUUGAGGCUGCUCUUCAUGUAUUUGAGGGAAUAGAUAUUGCUGCGGUGGUUCCCAAGAUAAAACUUUCGAUUGCAAGAAGAUGUGAGAUACCAAGACGGAAUUCACUUAGCGACGCUAUCCCGCCUAUGUCAAUGCAUGCAGUAAGUCUGCUCUUUGAGGCCAUUUUGCUCAAAGCAAUAUCCCUGCAGGCACUUGGGAGGUUUACAGAAGCUGCUCAGUCGUGUACAGUGAUACUGGAUACAGUUGAGUCUGCUUUGCCAGAUGGCUUACAUGAGAACUUUUCUGCUGAUUGCAAAUUGUUGGAAACCUUGAACAAGGCGAUGGAGUUACUUCCUGAGCUGUGGAAGCUAGCUUGUGCUCCUCAAGAAGCAAUCUUGUCAUAUAGAAGGGCCCUGCUUUAUCGGUGGAAUCUUGAUGUGGAAACGAGAAGCAAAAUAGAAAAGCAGUAUGCUAUAUUUCUCUUAUACAGUGGCACUGAUGCAGCUCCUCCAAAUCUUCGCGCACAGGCAGAAGGUUCCUUCAUACCUAGAAACAAUAUAGAAGAAGCUAUUUUGCUGCUUCUGGUUCUUCUAAGAAGAUACAUCGUCAAUAAAAUUGUAUGGGAUCCAUCGAUCUUGGAUCACCUCUGCUUUGCAUUAUCCAUUGCAGGUGAGUUUAGGGCACUCGCCCAUCAGGUUGAGGAGUUGCUCCCUGGAAUUGUUGUUAGAAGACAAAAGUACACUACCCUUGCCCUAUGUUAUUAUGCAGAAGGUGAUGACAUGGUCUCUUUGAAUCUGUUAAGGAACCUAAUGAAUAACAGGGACAACGAGAACGGCAUAUUUGAGUUACUACUUGCUGCCAAAAUU